CCUAUUUUGGCUGUGGUGAACAGGAUCUGAUCCCAAGGACUGUUACCUCUGUUCUUGUCUGGUGUGCAGUGUCAGAAACGCAAUCAUGCCUUUCGGAAACACCCACAACAACUUCAAGCUCAACUUCAAAACUGAGGAGGAGUUCCCCGAUCUGAGCAAGCACAACAACCACAUGGCCAAGGUGCUGACCAAGGAAAUCUAUGGCAAGCUGAGGGACAAGCAGACCCCUAGUGGCUUCACUCUGGAUGAUGUCAUUCAGACUGGAGUUGACAACCCUGGUCACCCCUUCAUCAUGACCGUUGGCUGCGUCGCCGGUGAUGAGGAGUCCUACGAGGUCUUCAAGGAGCUGUUCGACCCCAUCAUCUCCGACCGUCAUGGUGGAUACAAGCCCACCGACAAGCACAAGACCGACCUGAACUUUGAGAACCUGAAGGGUGGUGAUGAUCUGGACCCCAACUACGUUCUGUCCAGCCGUGUCCGCACUGGCCGCAGCGUCAAGGGAUACACCCUGCCCCCCCACACCAGCCGUGGCGAGCGCAGAGCUAUUGAGAAGCUGUCUGUCGAGGCUCUGACUAGCCUGGACGGUGAGUUCAAGGGAAAGUACUACCCCCUGAAGUCCAUGACUGAUGCCGAGCAGGAGCAGCUGAUCAGUGAUCACUUCCUGUUUGACAAGCCCGUCUCUCCCCUGCUGACCUGUGCUGGUAUGGCCCGCGACUGGCCCGAUGCAAGAGGCAUCUGGCACAAUGACAACAAGACCUUCCUGGUCUGGGUGAAUGAGGAGGAUCAUCUGCGUGUCAUCUCCAUGCAGAAGGGAGGCAACAUGAGGGAGGUCUUCAGGCGUUUCUGUGUUGGCCUGCAGAAGAUUGAGGAGAUCUUCAAGAAGCACAACCACGGCUUCAUGUGGAACGAGCAUAUCGGCUACGUGCUGACCUGCCCAUCCAACCUGGGAACUGGCCUGCGUGGUGGUGUCCACGUCAAGCUGCCCAAGCUGAGCACACACGCCAAGUUCGAGGAGAUCCUCACCAGGCUGCGUCUGCAGAAGCGUGGCACAGGUGGUGUGGACACUGCCUCCGUGGGUGGAGUGUUCGACAUCUCCAACGCUGACCGUCUGGGCUCCUCCGAGGUGCAGCAGGUCCAGCUGGUGGUUGAUGGUGUCAAGCUGAUGGUGGAGAUGGAGAAGAAGCUGGAGAAGGGAGAGGCCAUUGACAGCAUGAUCCCCGCCCAGAAGUAA